AUGAAAGUAUUCGCCGUAGUCUUCAUUGUUUUUGCCGCCUUUGUUGCCGUUUCAUUGGCUCAAGUUCAAAAUCCAACUGAUCCCGCCUAUACCGGACAACCAGGGUGUUUAACUGAGGAAGAAGUUGCCGUUGGUGUUUAUCCCCACUUCCGUGUCAAGAGAGGCUAUUGGAGAUGCUCGGUAUUGGGCCAGCCUGCCACAUUGGAAUUAUGUCCCGUUGCUCAAGGUUUUCUCGAAGCUGCACGUGCUUGUGUACCAUGGUCUCAAUGGUAUUGGACACCAACUGUUGCUCCUCCCAGCUAUCCAGUUGCUGAUGUCACCGAUGUCCCACCUCAGUAAAUUUUUGGUUAGCGGUUUUUAGAUUUGUUGUAA